AUGGGCAUGGACUCGUUGAUUCGUCGGGGUCAUCCAAUCGCAUUUGGUCUCUUGAUCCUUUUUGGAAUCGUUGAAGGCGCUAUUACAACUUGGCUUACUGUGAAGUACAACCGAAAUCACAAUUAUGGCUCUAUUUCGAUACGCGAUCGUGUUCGACUCUUGGUCUUUACGUCUUGGUUCACCGUCUUAUUCAGCUUCAUCUAUCUUCUACUCUUCCUGCACUCUGCUAGCACUGGAAGCGUCUUGACGUCCGUGGCAAGCCAUCUCAUCUUUCUCGGAUUUGCCUGGAUUUUAUGGACUGCCGGAGUCGCGUCCUUGACUGCUGCCAUUGGAGGUGGAAUCAACUGCAGCACCGUCAAUCGAAAUGUCGUAUAUUGUAACCAACUCAAUGCCGCAAUGGGCUUUGGAUGGGCUGAAUGGCUCUUGGUCACGGGCAUACUCGUCACCGUUAUCAUCUGUGGAAUCCGUGCAUUCAGGCGUGGUGAUGGCGCCCGCGGACAACUUGUCCAUGUUUAA